AGACAGCUUCUUAGUGUUUGACGGUAAUGGCGCUUUGCAUGAGAAGGAAUUAAAAUAUAUGUAACACGAAUUUUAGAGACCAAAUUGCUGUUUUCAUUAGAUAUAAAGUCAAUGUUGUUGCUUAUACUACAAAUUAAUUCCUUUAAAUAAAACAUCGAGGUUACCAAAGAUGCCUGCAUUUCGUCAAGUUGGGGAAAAGCAGCUUCCUAACUCAAUACUUUUUAUGGUCUGGUCUCCUAAGAGGGAUCUUAUAGCACUUGCGAACAAAGCUGGGGAGCUUUUGUUGCACCGACUGGCGAGUUUCCAGCGUGUUUGGAGCCUAGCCCCAAAUGAAGACACUGGCAAGGAAAUCACUUCACUUGCCUGGAGACCUGAUGGCAAAAUUAUAGCCUUUAGUCUUGCUGACACCAAGCAGGUUAUUCUUUGUGAUGUGGAGAAAGCAGAAAUCUUGCACUUUUUCCCAGUGGAAAGCCUGGUGUCCUGUAUGCACUGGAUGGAAGUUUCAGAAGAGAGCAGUACUCUCACUUCAUUUUGUAAUGCGGAGGAUGAAACAAGCCAUUUCUUGCCCAAGUUACCUGCAUUGCCAAAAAGCUACAGCGCAACAUCAAAAAUAUUUAGUGAAGAAAAAUCAGAUGAGGUUAUGAAGCUUCUGGGUGAUGUACGACUUAACAUACUUGUCCUGGGUGGAGGCUCUGGAUUUACUGAGCUGUAUGCAUAUGGAAUGUACAAGAUAGCUACACUGGCUGGGGUUGCAGGAACUUGUCGGAGUUUGUGCUUGUCCAGUGACCUUAAAUCCCUGUCAGUUAUCACAGAAAUAAAAUCCACGGAAAAUGAACCAGAAAUCACCUAUUUUCAGCUUGACACCAGUUUGCUGUCAGAUUGUCUUCCUGAAGUCACUCGAAUGGCAAGGAAAUUCACUCAUAUCUCAACCCUACUACAGUACCAGAAGUUGUCAUUGACAUGCAUGUGCGAGGCCUGGGAGGAUAUCCUGAUGCAAAUGGACUUGAGGCUUACAAAGUUUGUGCAAGAGAAGAAUACUACCACUUCAGUUCAAGAUGAGUUCAUUCAGUUACUGUUAUGGGGAAAGGCAAGCCCUGAACUGCAAGCAUUAUUGAUGAACCAACUUACAGUAAAGGGUUUAAAAAAACUUGGUCAGUCCAUUGAGUCAUCAUACUCCAGCAUUCAGAAACUGGUGAUAAGCCAUCUGCAGAGUGGUUCAGAGGCUCUGCUGUACUAUUUAAGUGAGCUGAAGGGGAUGGCCUUGUGGAAACAGAAGUAUGAGCCUCUUGGGCUUGAUGCUGCACUAAUAGAAGAUGCAAUCACAGCUGUGGGUUCCUUCAUACUUAAGGCAAAUGAACUUCUACAAGUCAUUGACAGCAGUAUGAAAAACUUCAAAGCAUUUUUUCGAUGGUUAUAUGUAGCUAUGCUGAGGAUGUCCGAGGAUCAUGUUCUUCCGGAACUCAACAAGAUGACACAGAAGGAUAUUGCCUUUGUUGCAGACUUCCUCACUGAGCAUUUCAAUGAGGCACCAGAACUCUAUGAUCGCAAAGGAAAAUAUUUCAAUGUAGAAAGAGUUGGACAGUACCUGAAAGAUGAAGAUGACGAUUUGGUGUCUCCUCCCAAUUCUAAAGGCAAUCAGUGGGUGAACUUUCAUCAAAACAGCACACCUCUUAAAGAAAGCCCUUUGCUGUUUCCAUAUUAUCCCCAGAAAUCACUGUACUAUGUCAAAAGAAUAAUGGAGGGAGUUAUCGAUCUGUGUUUACAGAAACCUGCAGAAAUAAUCGGGAAGUCUAUAAAACAGGCAAUAGGUAUGCCUCUUUACACAAUACCAACAAGCACAGAUACAUUACCAAGGCUGUUUGAGUUGCCAUCGCUGUGGAAUGACAAAAAGUCUGGUAUGCAUUAUAUUGUGUUCACCAUGCCAGAAAUAUCACCCUGCAAACUGUACAUAAUGAGAAAAGCAACAGACCUAUCCAGGUCUGUAAGCAGUGGCCUUGUGGCCAUUGAUCUUGGAAGCCUUCUUAGCAGGAGUAUUGAUGGGACUGCCGAGGCUAGUCGAUAUAGCUGCCUAGACGCUCGUUUUUUUGAUGACGAAACCCUGACAGUUGUACUCAAGGAGGCUGUGGAAGAGGAGCACAGAGGACGAAUCCUUGCUCAGCUGCCACUCUCUCCUGUUUAUGCUGGUGAAGAGGAAUUCAUCCUGGACCCUAGCAUGAAGCUUGAUCAGCAGAGUGGUGAUAUCCCUGUUCAGAGUGUAGUGCUUGAGAAUCAGUGGAGGACUUUGGAGAACAUGAAAGCACAGUAUGUUGCUGUGAAUGGGAUUCGCAAAGUCUCAUGUGUACUGAGCUCCAACCUGCGCCACAUCCGGGUGUUUGAGAUGGAUGUGGAAGAUGAAGAGGAGGAGGAUAAACAAGAUGUUAGUGGAGACCAAGAGAAGCUGGAGCAGUCACUGGAACCGUCACUGUGCAGUCAAGAGGACACUGAGGAAGGGGAGCUUACAGAAGGGGCCGAGGCAGGAACUUCAGACUUGCAGGAAGAAAAUGCUUCCACUUCAGAAAUUUAAGUUCUUGGCAACACCCAAGAAUUGAAGUUUUUUGACUGUCCAUGAUACAUUUGUAAAAUUCUUUACAUAAAAAGAUUGUUAAAGCUAGUAGCCAAAAUAAAAUAAUAAUGUGAAACAUA